AAAAAUGAGCAAGUGGACCCCACACACACUUCAAUACUACUUACCAGUUAGCCGUUGUAGAAAACUUGCACAUACUCUGCAUUUUCACACACACUUUCUCUGUCUCUCUCUAUCACUCACACACACAAUUCAACAAACACAACACAAACAACACAACACGCUCCUUCACACUCCCAAAUAUGGUUGGAGGAUUAUCUGAUCCUUCUGACACCGACGAUUCCACAAUCGAUGAAAUCAUCAAUCAAGCACAAGAUGCUAUUCUUCUACAACAAAUCUCCGCCAUCAAUUGUUCUUCUUUCUCCCAUUCCGAUCUUCCCACCCACCUCGAAUGCCGUUUUCAAAAGCUCAAAUCUUUCCCUGCUAACCACACCACCCCACCACCUUAUCUUUCCAAAGCUCGCACCUUUUCAAACCCUCCAAAAACUCCCAAUUUUUCACCUUCCAAACACAACAAUUCCGCAAAUAAUACAGAUUCUGAUACUGGGUUUGUCUCUUCUCCUUCAAAUUCUUCACAUGGGAAAAAGGGUCUGAAACCAAAAUCAAAAGAAAAAUAUUCAGAUUCAACAAACCCCCAUUACCCUAUCAAUAGUAACCACCAAAAAAGUUUUAAUUUUUCACCUUCUAAAGAUAACAACUCCAUAAAGAAUCCAGAUUCUGAUACUGGGUAUGACUCUUCUCCCUCAAAUUCUUCACAAAAGAAAAAGGGUCUGAAACCUAAACCAAAACCAAAAAAUGGGUCUGUUUCAGAUUCUUCUCAUUCCUCGGAAGAAAGUUCAAUGUCUUCACUGUUCAUGCCAUUGCCUAUGAAGAAAGAUGAAGAGAAAUGUUCCGAGCUGAAGAAGUCUCCGUCUCCGAAUUCAUCGCCUCCUCGAAAGUGGGGUUGUUUUUGGUGCUCUCCCAAGAAGAAGGAGAAGAAGAAAAGUAAGGAGAAUGGUGUUGGGUGGGAAAUGGAAUAUACAAGUGAUGAGUUAUUGUCUGGUGUUGGAAGUUUGUCGAGCAAGAAACGGCUGGAAAUGAUUGACAAGGCAUUGAAGAUGGAAGAACAGAAGAUUAACCGCGAGGCUGAGAAGAUUGUUGAAUGGGCUAAACAUGUAUCUGCUAGGAUGAAUGUUUCUGACAUUGAGGAUGAGUUCAGUGACGAUUAGAGUACAUUUUGGAUCUCUUCUAGUUCCAAAUUGCUUUAUUAGUUGUUACAGAAGUGUUGUUAAUGUUCCAAAGUGUCUUGUAAAGUUGCAUCUUUGGAGGGAUCUUGUAUUUCUAUACAUAUUGAUGUUAGCAUCUAUACAAAUAUGUUCUUAUAGAAUUUGGUGAUUGUCGUCUAUAUUAUGUUUCUGUUAUACAAUGGAUUGAGAAAAGAUAUUUCUGCAAGUUUAUUUUGAUUUGAUGGUC